AUGCGAGAUUGCGACCCCUUCUCUCACUGUCAUCCUGUCAGUGAAGGAAGCUAUGUGAUUGAUCAGAAUCAGAAUCAGAGACAGCGGCUCUCUCGCGAGAAGCGCGGACAGGGAGGGAUAGCUACCAGAACUUCUAGCGAGAGGGAAAUGGUGACUGCUGUUGGUGAUGCUGGUGAUUCGGCCGUCAUGCCCUGUAACUCGUCGAUUUCAGGAGUGUAUUCGUCACAGCGGGUCAAGGGUGGCGUGAUAGUGUCGCCUUACAAGCCUGGGCUUGAGCCUUGA